GACAUCAUUCAGUCAGUAUGGAGCUCAGUCCACUUCCUCUUCUGCUCUUCCUGAUCUCAAAAAUCUUCUCUCAACAUACUGAAGAAAACCCAAAAGCCACAGUGAGCAUCAAACCUGCUCAACAUGUGUUCAGAGGAGAGACAGUCACUCUCAGAUGUGACGUAUAUAGUGAAGGAGUCUCUAGCUGGGAGUACACCUGGUAUAAAGACGGUUCAGGCCGUGUUUUCAGUGAACUACAGGAACACACAUUCAGUUCUGUUACUGAGUCUGACGCAGGUGAAUACUACUGUUAUGGAGCAGAGAGAGGAGGAUCACGGACAUCACACCGCAGUGAUGAAGUUACACUGACAGUAUCAGGUGAGUUUGAUCACCUCUUCACACACACACACAAGUUUAACAUGUUAUUAAUGAGUGAUUUCUCAUCUUCAGUUCCCAGAGCAGUGUUAAGUGUUUCUCCACAGAAGUGGUUGACUGAAGGAGAUUCAGUGACUCUGAUCUGUCAGGUUAAUGGUUCCUCUACAGGCUGGACAUUCAGCUGGUUCACUCAAACUCUCUCAUCAGACAACAGUUAUAAGCGUCUCUCAGACAGCAGCAGAGGAGCUGGAGGACACUACACUGUCAGUUCUGCUGAUCUAAAACACACAGGAGUUUAUGUGUGCAGAGCAGAGAGAGGAAAACCAGCCUAUAACUCAACCUACAGCAACACACAGCUACUGUGGGUCACUGGUGUUUCUCCUCCAGUCUCUCUGAUCGUCAGUCCCAGCAGAACUCAACACUUCACAUCUGUCUCUCUCUCUCUGAGCUGUGAGGAGAAGAGUAACUCUGCUGGAUGGAGAAUGAGAAGAUACACAGACAGAUGGGGGCUGGAAGGUUGUUCAGUGUGGGGAACACAAACAGGAUCCACAUGUACAAUCAGAUCCACCAGCACAGGUGACACUGGAGUGUACUGGUGUGAGUCUGAAUCUGGAGAGAAAACUCAUCCUGUUAAUAUCACUGUACACCUUAAUGUGAUUCUGGAGAGUCCUGUUCAUCCUGUGACUGAAGGAGAGAAUCUGACUCUACGCUGUUUAGAGAAAUACUCAACUCCAAACCUCAGAGCUGAUUUCUAUAAAGAUGGGACACUCAUCCAGAGUCAAACUACAGAGAUGAUCCUCUCUACUGUCUCAAAGUCACACGAGGGUUUCUACUCCUGCAAACACAGAGAGAGAGGAGAGUCACCCAAGAGCUGGAUCUCAGUCACAGCUUCCUCCAGAACAUCAGGAUCUGAUCUCAAUCCUGUGAUAGUUGGAGUGACUGCUGGACUCACAGUUUUGAUCAUUGUCAUCUUGGUCCUGCUGUGGCGCUACAGAAACAACAAAGGUGGAAGAUCUCAGUCUCUCUCUCGUGUCGGUCAACAGAAGAACAGCAGUCAGACAUCAGAGAAGAACCAGAGUGAAGCGGGACACAAAACACUCAUGUCUGGAACUGCUCAUAUUUAUGACUCUUGUGAUGCCACAAUUAAUAAUGACAUAAGCACAGGUACAGAAGACAUUGUAAAUGGACCUUCUGAACUCACUUACGCUGAGAUUGAGCUCAAAUCUACAGAGAAACAGAAGAAAAAGAAAGAAAACAAAGGUAAUACGAGUGAAAGUUCAAACACUGUGUACUCUCAGCUGAAUCUGGAAACCCAUCAAGCAGCUGGAUGUAGUGAUGUGACGUAUGCUCAGGUUAAAUAAAUGGCUGGAGGAGAAACUUUCAAUCACAGGACACUGAUGAGUUUAGGCUCAUCACUUCUUUCUUCAGUCUUCAUGUGGUUAAGACACUGCAUGCUGAUCUUUGAAAAGCAAUGAGCUGUACAUUAUACACUGGAAAAAAAAACAGAUGAUCUUUUAGUACUAAACAGUGUUUAUUUUAUUUUUUAUAAGAGGCAGCAGCUCAUCAUUUUACUGUUGAUUGAGACCAGGUGUCCCUUAUUUGUGUGUUUCUUAAUUUUAAAUGUAUUUGCAAAAUAUAGUCAUGAACAACCUGGAAAUACCUUGCAAUUUUUAAAUGUCUGGAAGAGUUGUCUUACAGGUAAAUGUAUAUGAUGAUUAGUUUUAUUUUUUUUUUUUUUUUUUUUUUGUAGCUAUGCUUAACUGUAAAAUGAUUUUAAAAAUCCUUAUUCAGCAAUCACAAACAUAUGAAAAAAUGUGUAUAAUAUUAAUAAAAAUCAUGGGACACCAUGGAAAUUCAUUGUUCAAAAAGGAAAAUCUGUUGUAGCUUGCUUGUUUGUCUUAUAAUCACUUUAAAGCUUUAAUAUUGUAAUUUCCUGUAAUUUUAAAUAUUCUUAUAUUAAUAAAAUGUCAUUGCUAUGAA